AUGCAACCAAAUUCAACUUCAACCGGUAUGCAAUUGCAAGGUUCUACAACCUCCACAUCCAUGGGUCACGAACCGGGAGAACUGGUUGGUAUGGACACGCGUCUCCCCGCGUGCCAGAGAAACACAGAUUUGCUCACUCUUCUGCAAUCGUUAUCCAACACAUCUUUGCUUCUUGGUCCAGCCAUGGCUCAGUUUGUUCCGCGGUUAUUGGAACCCCUGCUUGCUGGAUCGGAUACAGCUGCUUACGGUGCUGCGCAAAGAGACAGCAUUUUGAAAACUGGGUCAACAACGGGUUCAAUGGUCCAGUUAUUUCAAACUUUGGCCCAGUCGUUCAAUUCUACUCAGGCAUCUGUGAGCACACCUGGUAGCUUUGAUUAUGGUCAAAGAACAGAUGGAAAACCGGAGCCCGUUAAUUUGUAUGCUUAUCCGUCGCACUGCACAACCACAACGACAACCACGAUGUCAACACCGGCGGGAACGGAACAAACCAAUGUUUCACCAAAACCGGAGCCCCAUCGAUUCCAUACACCUUCGGCGCCGUUUGGCGAUAACCGGUUUCGUGCACAGACUUCCCCCAAUGGGAGUGCAACACUAGCGGGGGACUAUGAGCAAUCAGAAAAAGCCGCAAUUGGUUGUGUUAAUCCCGAAUCCGUCAACGGUUUGUGUCCAGGGCAUUCCAAUGCACAAGCCCUAAAACCUGGUGCAAUGAAUUCGUUUCAACCAAAACCGGCUACAAAUUGGUCCAAGUUGGGAGUACCACAACCAGCCACACCAACCCGGUUCACCGCCCCGGUACACGUGGAUGUGGGUGGAACUCUUUACACAUCAUCUUUGGAAACAUUGACCAAGUAA